AUGUCCUCUACUGAUAAAGUGCAAUCAUCCAACGCUGUUACCUAUUUCUCUCCUGAGCAACCUGUUCCUGCUGGAACAUAUUUCCAACAAGAGAAACAGAAAAAGCCUCUUCUAUUUUCACCUUUGAAGAUCAGGGAAUUGAUCUUACAAAAUCGUUUAGUUGUUUCCCCAAUGUGUCAAUACUCUGCUGGUAGAGAUGGUCAGGCUACACCUUACCAUUUAGUUCACUAUGGCCAAUUUCUUCUUAGAGGCCCAGGCUUGACUUUUGUUGAAGAUACCUCCGUCAGUCCCGAAGGUCGCUUGUCUCCAGAGAAUUUAGGAAUUUGGAAUGACCAACAAGCAGAAGCUCUUAAAGACAUAGUUGAUUUUGCCCAUCUGCAAAAACAACUUAUUGGAAUUCAACUUGACCAUGGUGGUAGAAAAGCAAGCUCUCAACCUAACUACAUUCAUUUGGAACAGAAUGCAGAGGAAUCAGUAGGUGGUUGGCCAAAUGAAAUUGUUGCUCCCUCUCCAAUUGUUUUCCGUCCCAACGGAAAUCUUGUUAAGCCGAAUGAAUUGUCGAAGUCCGAUAUUUCAAGAAUCGUUAAUGAUUUUGGGAAUGCUGCAGAAAGAGCAGUCAAGAUUAGUGGCUUUGAUGCCAUCGAAAUCCAUGGGGCUCACGGCUAUCUUAUCAAUCAGUUUUACAGCAAGAUUUCUAACAAGAGAAAGGAUGAAUAUGGAGGAAGCUUUGAAAACAGAAUUAGAUUUCUUCUAGAAGUAGUCGAUGAAGUUAGAUCGAGAAUUCCUAGCUCUAUUCCAUUGUUCUUGAGAAUUUCUGCUAUUGAAAAUACCGAAGAUGAAGACGCCUGGACUUUACUGGAAUCAAUAAAGUUGUCAACGAUUGUUGUCGAGCAUGGUGUCGAUGUAAUUGAUGUCUCUUCAGGUGGUAAUUGUCAUAGACAAUACAGUAGAAAAAGUUUGAGCAAAGGACAUGCCCCUAUGCAUAUUCCAUUGGCAAAGGCGAUUAAGGACGAACUUGGAGAAAAGGUGUUGGUUGCUUGUGUUGGUAGUUUGAAUUCAGCAACUCUAAUUGAGGAUGAAUUAAAGAAAGGAUCGUUUGAUAUUGCUCUUGUAGGAAAAGGGUUUUUGAAUAACCCUGCCUUGGUUUGGAAAUUCGCAGAAGAGUUGGAAAUUCGUGUUCACCGUCCUUUGCAGUAUGGAUAUCCGUUUUUUCCACCAAUUCAGCAAAUUUUGGAAUUAAUUGCAAAAUCGGAGGAAGCUGAAACUUAG